UUUGACGGUAGAACAGAUCCUGACGUUGCUGGAAAAGAGGGCAGGGCACAGCAGUGUUAUACAACGUGUGUUCUUUUAGCAGGGAAAUAAAUCCUGCUGUAAAGUUGUAAUAAUUUAUUAUUGUGACUUCGGGUUGAAUCAUGUAUCGACGCCCUCUGCAGCAAUGUUUCAGACAAUUAUUAAGCUCGGGUCUUUGUAGCAGGACCGUCUUCGGGAAGGCCACUGAGCAGGAUCUUGCCAAAACUUUGGUGUCUUGUCAUUGCAAUACAGGAGCUGUAUUGCAUACUCGGAUGCAAUGUCGAGCUCUUCACAGCACACAAGAGGUCCAUGCUGUAAAACAUACACCUCAGACUUCAGAGGAAGAAGUUGGAGCUUUCACCAAACUUAUUGAGGCCAUGGGCUUCACUGGACCGCUCAAAUACAACAAAUGGAAAAUCAAAAUAGCUGCUUUGCGUAUGUAUACUUGCUGUGUUGAGAGAAUCAACUACGACGAGUUUUUUGAAAAGUGCUCCCUUCCUGACACACUCAACUCCUGGUUUUUGGUGGCACAGCUCCAUGUUUGGAUGUGCCUGGUGAGGAUGAGGCAGGAAGGCAGAGAAGGGAAGUAUAUGUGUCGCUACAUCGUACAUUCUAUGUGGGAGGAUGUAGAACAGAGAAGCAAGAUCAUGGGGAUUGAUGCUGUUCAGAGGAAGGAGGGUAUGAGGGUUAUGACUGAAACAUUUUAUGCUGCUAUUUUUGGAUAUGAUGAGGGAAUCCUGUCAGAUGACUGUGUUCUUGCUGCAGCUCUUUGGAGGAAUCUGUUUAACAGGCAGUGUGAGGAUUCAAGACAGCUCGAGCUUAUGGUCGAAUAUGUGCGCAAGCAGAUGCAGUUUAUUGAUGCUCUCGAUGGGGAGGAUCUUCUCCUAACAGGAGAGGUUAAAUGGCGUCCUCUGGUGGAGGAGAAUGCACAGAGCAUCCUGAAGGUGUCCAGUCCAACAUAUAAUGAUGCAGGCCUCUGAUCAGUACUCUGUCAGACCCACAGUUCCAUGGAUUGGAUAUUUGAUUUGAAGACAUGCCCUGCACUGCAUGAUCUCCUUAUCUGUCUCAGUUUGUAUCUCUCCCUCUCUCAUUAAACCAGCAUACUGUGAUGGGACUGCGUGAACCUUUUAACCUAAGAGAGUAUGGGGGAUUCAGCCAUGUUCUGUAAUUACACAUUAGAAGAGCUGGCAUUAUGUUUAUGCCCUUAGCCAUGACUGUAGCUCCAACCCUAUUCUCACUGUGUUAGAGGAACGUGUAUAAGAUUACUUGUUUGCUAGGAUCGCCAAGCCUUGUGGAAUAAGGACUCGUUUGUUUUAAUGAUAAAAUAAAGAUGUUUCUUUGGUAUCACACAAAAAAGUCAGUGGACACUUCAGAGUAAUAAUUUGUUCUGUCUUUCACCAACAUGUAUGCACAUGCACACAUACAUGUACCCUUAAGUCAAAUGACAACGAACAAUUAUUUGUUUAUGAAAACAAGCAGAGUAUACAGUAUGUAUGCACUGUACAUUCAAUGGAUAUCUAAAAAUGGAUUUGGGAUGUAAAAAAAAAUUGUUAUUGUGAAAUUACAGCAUAUAAAUACUAUGUGAAAAAUAAUGAGGAUCAUUGGGCUCUAGUUAGAUUAUUUAUAAAUAUUGAUCUUAUGAUUAAGGCAUUCCUUUGAUUUAGUGUGUUUUGAGUCAUUGUCAUGCUGAAAGAUCAAAUUCAUGUUCAUCUUCAGCUUACUUGCUGAAGUUUACAGAAGUUAGUUUGCACUAAAAUCAAAUGUAAAUGUUCAUGAUUAUCUUAACUUUGAUAAAGACUCAGUUCUGACUGAAAAAGCACCACAAGACAUGGCACCAACACCAUGCUGCAAUGUGGGUAUGGUGUUCUGGUGAUGUGCUUUUUUUUCUUCUCCAAAAAAAAAAAAAAAAAAAAACAUACUGUUUGGAAUUAUUCUUUCUUUUGACACGAGUUAUAUUGUUGAGAUCACAAUUCUUCUUCACUCUCUUGCAGCUGUGGUGAAACAAGGAGCAGGCAUUUAAAGUGAAAAAAGGUGUGUGUGUGUGUUCGUGUUCCACACAAGUCAUUGUAAGAGCAAGAGUGCCAGAAUUUACUGAGUAGGUUACUGUAGAAACAUGAGGUAUUGUGUUACCAGGAACUGCAGGACAGGCUGAAUAACAUGCUUUUGUACAACACACUGCAGUAUUCACUUGUGAACACAGGCCUAGACUUGUUUCCUUUUAGCUACAGUUAUGAUAUUCUGGGCUAAAAGCAUUGAUGGAAAGAGUACAAAACACUGACCUACAAGUAAUGCUGGUGUAGUAAUAAUUCCCUUGAAUAAAAGUGGCUAAUAAGAAAAAA